AAAAUUACCCCUCGUUUCCAAUUAUGUACUCUAUUAGCCUAACCUCUCUCUUCCAAAAUUACCCCUCUCGUUUCUAUUAUAUUCAACCCUAACCUCUCUCUUCUUUUAGCUCGCCCUUGUCAUAAUCGACACCUAAACAGCUUCGAUGGCGGUGGACGAAGUAGAUAAAGCGCGCGAUGCAAUCUUCCGAGACAUCAGGAGAUAUUACUGCGAGUUCUGCGGAAUUUGCCGAUCGAAGAAAACUCUGAUCGCCGCUCACAUCCGUACUCACCACGAGGAAGAAAGUAAGAAGGAGCUGAACGAAGAAAAGGAGCAUGGCGAGAAACUGAAUGUGUGCGAACACUGUGGUGUGAGCUUUCGGAAACCUGCCCUUCUGAAGCAGCAUAUGCAGAGCCAUUCACUCGAGAGGCCUUUUAUUUGCCCGUUGGACGACUGCCACUCCAGUUACAGAAGGAAAGGUCACUUGACCAGACACAUGCUUCAGCAUGAAGGAAAACUGUUUGAAUGUACUUUUGAGGGCUGCAAUAAGAAUUUUACGUUACAGGGUAAUAUGACAAGACAUGUCAAGGAGUUCCAUGAUGAAUCUGCUUCUGCUGAAGUUAAGCAACAUGUCUGCUCAGAGCACGGAUGUGGGAAGGUCUUUAAAUAUCUCUCGAAAUUGAAAAAGCAUGAGGAUUCUCAUGUUAAGCUGGAUUCGGUGGAGGCAUUCUGUGCAGAACCAGGCUGUAUGAAAUACUUUUCCAAUGAGCAGUGCCUCAAGGAGCAUAUUCGGUCUUGCCAUCAACACAUUAUGUGUGAUCAAUGUGGCACAAAGCAGCUAAAGAAAAACAUCAAGCGUCACAUGCGCAUGCAUGAAGAAGGGCCUUCCUUGGAGAGGAUCAAAUGUAGUUUCAAGGGCUGCAUGCUAACAUUUUCAAAUACAUCAAAUCUCAAUCAACAUAUAAAGGCUGUGCACCUGGAACUAAAACCAUUUGUCUGUGGCAUGCCCGGUUGUCAUGAGAGAUUUGCGUUCAAACACGUGAGGAACAGGCAUGAACAAACUGGGUGCCACAUCUAUACUCGCGGAAAUUUUGAAGAAUCUGAUGAGCAAAUCUGGUCAAGGCCUAGAGGUGGCAGGAAAAGGAAGUACCCGGUCAUUGAGACACUGUUGCGUAAAAGGAUUGUUCCGCCUAGUGAAUCUGAGCUUGCCAGCAAUGACGAGCAUAAUAACUCAUCAUGUUAAUCCAUUUGCUUAGAUGUAUCUCCACGGUAGCUGACUCUCUUAAGUAUCUUGGAAUUAGGAUAUGUGUAUGAUCCUAUAGAUCGCACGUAGUAUAUAAAAUGUUAAUUAGUGAAGGUUUGGGCAGAAAGCAUAUGUAUUGCUAAGAUUUUGCCUAGUAGGUGCAAUGGGUUUGUAUAUGUCUUUGAUGGUGCAAUAUAAGUUCUAACUUCUAAUUA